AUGUGGUUGGCUUUACGGUUAUUGGCUGCCACCCUGCUUCUGAGUUGCGCUGAAGAUCUUUCAAGACAAUACUGCAUCAUCGGGGGCGGUCCUGCUGGCGUCCAGCUGGGCCAUUUCUUCCUGCAUGCAGGCCGUGACUACGUGAUUUUUGAGAAGCAACCGCGAGCUGGAAGCUUCUUCGAGCAUUAUCCCAGGCAUCGCAAAUUGAUUUCCUUGAACAAGAGGAAAGUUCGGGAAGGUCGUAGUGAUGAUUUUGCCUUCCGCCACGACUGGAACACCUUGAUCGAUGUUCGGGCGGCAGAGAAUCGCACGCCGCCCGUUACGGCAAGGUCCAAGGAACUCUUCCCGCAUGCGUCUGUUCUUGUUGAGUACCUGCAGGAGUUCGCAGAGGAGCAGAAUAAGUAUAUUCAAUACAACAGCACGGUUCAGAAGAUCCAGCGCGGGCAGGGGACACAUUUUGAG